GAAGUCGUACCUACCAUUCCUGGACCUUCCCUCCCUCCUCUCCAUAUUGCUUGUUACUUGUAAUCUCUUCGUCUCCCUUUUGACGAUCGCUAAAAGCUUCGUCUUGCGUUCUGCGUCGGAGUUCUGCCAUGGCCAGGACAGGGAGCAAUAACAACAUCCAAGCCAAGCUGGUUCUUCUUGGAGAUGUGGGAACAGGAAAGACAAGUAUAGUGCUAAGGUUCAUCAAAGGCCAAUAUUUCGACUGCCAGGAGUCGACAAUUGGAGCGGCAUUCUUCUCUCAAGUUAUCUCACUGAAUGAAGCAACUGUGAAAUUUGAUAUAUGGGACACGGCUGGACAGGAAAGAUAUCAUAGCUUAGCUCCAAUGUAUUAUCGCGGUGCAGCUGCAGCUAUCGUAGUCUAUGAUAUCUCAAACAUGGAAUCCUUCAUUAGGGGACAAAAGUGGGUUCAAGAACUUCAAAGACAAGGAAAUCCAUAUCUGACAAUGGCUCUGGUGGCGAACAAGGUGGACUUGGAGGCAAAAAGGAAGGUGAAAAGUGAGGAAGGGUUGCAGUACGCUCAAGAACACGGAUUGUUCUUCAUUGAAACUUCAGCAAAAACCGCAGAGAACAUCAAUGAGCUCUUCUAUGAAGUAGCUAAGAGACUUGCGAGAAUACAUCCUUCGCGAUCAUCUGGGAUGAACUUGACUAAUGAAACAAGAGGCACGCCAAGGAGAUUCUUUUGCUGCUCUGGAUGAGUUUCAAAUGUUUAGCUGUAUCUUAGCAAGCUAUAACACUACCAUGCCAAAUUUACCACUUUCAGUAUUGAUAUGCAUAAUUACUAAUAAACAUUUAUAAAA